AUGUCGCGUCUGUGGAGAUCAAAUCAAGCCCCGAGCAGCACUGCUACUUCACCGAAUUCCGCUGGGAAGACUUUCGUUGUUCCUCUCUUCCUGGCCACGUCCCGUCGGUCGGCCCAAAACGAAGUGUUCACUCGCGGUGCAUUGCCUGCCAGCACAAGGUCUAGAACUUCAACAUGUUCAGUUACAGAAAAUGCGCCCUCCAGGGUUGGAGAUGUUCCACCACCGUCAGUUCCAAGAGAUAACGAAGAUGAGCAGUCCGACAUGUACGCAGGGAGCUUGCGCGAGCAGCCAUCUAUCAGUGAGUCGACUAUUGAACCUGUACCACUGGCGCGAAAUAUGGACGAUGAACCGACCCCUUCUGAACGUCAAGCCAUGCGAUCGUACCGAAAUGGCAGCACCACCAGCAGCCAUUCCUCGAAGCGCAGCAGCAGAAGGCAUGGGAUCUUCUCCAAGAAAUCAUAUCGUGACCCAGAUGUCAACGCAAAGGCAAGAAUCAGCUUCGCAUUUGGUGUCACUUUGUUGGUUGCUGUAAUCAUCUACUUGGUUCUUGCGGCUACCGGCGUCGGCAAGAACACUAUGUUUCAUGCCCUCUCGAUCCUUCUGAUCUUGACCUUGACCGGGGUCUUCAUCCAUCAGCUCAUCCGCAUGUUCAUGCUCAUGCGACGACCGAGGAGGUCAAGACAUCGGACAACACAUGGGACUCGGCGCCCGCAUGCGACGAGACAGACUAGAGGUCAACGUGAUGGCAGAGGGAGACGAAAUCAGCAGAUUGACGAGCUGGUUCUUGAAAAGCCCAUCCAGAUACACAUGGCCGAGGAUGCUGGUUUUGGCCCAGAUGUUGAAAGUCAAGCAGCGAUCCGACCUCCCCCGCCUGUGUAUGGUAACACUCGAACAAGCAUGAGACUGAACCCAGACUUGGUCCACUGGAAGGAAGUACAAGUACCGCCCACACCUCUAACACCCACCUACGAAGAGGCAUUGAACCAAGUACAUCAGACUGUCGGAUAUCGACCACCGAGCUACUUGUCGGAGAGUGGCACGACUGAUGCGAUGGAGACUCGGACUAGGGACGUUGACGCUGCUCUUGAACAUAUCCAUCCACUGGAGCGUGAUCGGUUGCGUAGGUUGACGGCUGCUGCGCUUGAGGGCCGCAACAACGGUCUGGCCUAG